AGACGCCCUGGACCCACGGGUGCAGCGGAGCUGGCAGAAGAGCAGCUGAGGGUCACGCCUGGACGUCCCGAACAAGGACAUGUCCCACAACUCCACUGAAGGCCAACAAGGCUGGUUUGCAGCCAGCAAUGACAGCAGCAGCUCCUUGAACUUGGACUCUGUGGGGCAACCUCUUGCCCUGAAUCCCUGGGAUGUGGUGCUUUGCAUUUCUGGGACUAUCAUCUCCUGUGAGAAUGCCAUUGUGGUAGCCAUCCUAUUUUACACCCCUGCCUUCCGGACUCCAAUGUUCCUGCUCAUCGGGAGCCUUGCCACUGCUGACUUCCUGGCCGGCUUGGGGCUGAUAUUCCACUUUGCCUUCGUCUAUUGCAUCCAGUCGCAGGCGCUGAACCUCAUCACUGUAGGGCUGCUGGUGACCUCGUUCACUGCCAGCGUGGGCAGCCUGCUGGCCAUCACUAUAGACCGCUACCUUUCCCUCUACAAUGCACUGACUUACUAUUCAGAAAGGACAGUCACCAGGACUUACAUCAUGCUGAUCCUGACAUGGGGCUUUUCCAUCUGCUUUGGGCUACUGCCCGUCAUGGGCUGGAACUGCUUGAAAGACAUCUCCACCUGCAGCAUCGUGAAGCCCCUGACCAAGAACAACCUCAUCAUCCUCUCCAUCUCUUUCUUCAUGGUCUUUGCAGUGAUGUUGCAGCUCUACAUACAGAUCUGCAAGAUAGUUUGCAGGCACGCCCACCAGAUUGCUGUGCAGAGGCACUUUCUGGCCACCUCGCACUACGUCACCACCAGAAAAGGCAUCUCCACCUUAGCUGUCAUCUUGGGGACUUUUGCUUCUUGCUGGCUGCCCUUUGCCAUUUACUGCCUCCUGGGGGAUUACACCUACCCAGCCCUCUAUACCUACAUGACCAUCCUCCCUGCUACCUACAACUCCAUGAUUAACCCUGUUAUCUAUGCCUUCAGGAACCAAGAGAUCCAGAAAGUGCUGUGGACUGUAUGCUGUGGGUGCUUCUCUUCCACAAUGCCUUUUAGGUCCAGAUCUCCAAGCGAUGUCUGACUCACCGGACCUUGGUCCAAAGACCCAUUUGCACAUGACAUUCCCCCUUUUUGCACAACCCCAGAGAUUUUGUGAGAGCUCUUAAAGAGUCUGUCUCCUCCGAUUCCCCUUCCCUUGUGUGCAUGAGCUGCUCUCUUCCUUUAUUUUUCCACUUUCAGAAUUUACGGAAGAAAAAAAUACUUAUUUUUAUCCAUAAUAAAUAAGAAUAGUUGUGUGUGUACAUAGGUGUGUGUGAGAGAGAUCCUCCAUAAGUAUUUUCUUUGACAAUACUUACAGUGCAUUUUUUAAAAAGAGAGGCACUGCCUUUUAGUUCUUUUGGCUUUUAUAUAGCCUUGUUAAUUACCUCAGAUCUUCAGAUAUUAUUUUCUACAUCAAAGGUCCAUUGUUUCCAUGUAACAGUGGACCAAAACUAAACCAGCUUUUAAAAAAAUGUUUAUGCAUUAUUUAUUAAUUUAUUUUUUAUUUAUGACCAGCUUUUUCAAGACAAUAGAUUUUUCGGAACUCUGUAAUUUGCUGCCCUCUAGUGUUCACUAUGUUUUAAUACAAAAAAAAUAAAAAUAAAAAUGAAGGCUCCUUUUGCAUGUUGAGUACCCUGGGUGGUAUUAGGUAAUAAGGGAAUCAUGUAUCAUGCAUAGACGACUGGAGGCGAAAAGGGGAAGCUGAAAUACUAGAUUGUGCCUAUAAAAACCCAAGGGCUCAAAUGAUCAGAAUUGCUUUCUAAACCAUUGCACUACUAGAGACUCUUCAAUGAACUAAAGUUUCUGUCUCAGUGGAGAUAGAUUGUGUGUUGGCCAAAUUCAAAAUUCGGAGUCUGAGGACAGCUAUUCAGUGUACUGUACAUUCUUCAGGUUUGCAUGACUCUGCAAAGGACGCAAACGGAGGACGCGCUUUAGACAAUUGAAAGCUCACUGCAUUGUUGCACAGACUCUUGUUCCAUGUGAUUUGGAAAGUACUGUAUUCUUGUUUACAAUCAUAA